GUCGCUUUUAAUCUGAAGGACUCAAACCGGAAAUUGCAUCGUUGUUAAUGGCAGGAGGAAGUAGCAACCUGGAAAGCUAGUUACAGAUGAAAACCACUUAGUUUGCUGUUAAUUUCAAUAGUAAAUCCACAAAACACGUACUUCAGAUGUCUGUUUAACGUUUCGUUGUUAGAGAUGAGCGUGACUUUGGAUAUCAGACUGAAAAGAGCGAACAAAGUUUACCAUGAAGGGGUAAGUGCAUCAACUACAACAAACUGCUAAUCAGCGGCUGAUUUUACCCUUUCUUUUUUAUAGAUUUUAAUGUAGGUGUGAGUCACUUUAUACCAAGAGACAUGUAACUCAUGAAUAGUCUGAUUUUUACCAAAAGAUUUCAUGAAGGCGUUGUCCUGUCCACACAUGACCAGCAGCUGACCGUUGGUGGUGUUCUGCCAAAAUCUGUUACCCUUCAGAAUCUGAACCCAACAAGACCAUCCACAGAAAUAUCUUUACACCUAAUGAGGUCGGCAGGAGCAAAUAGACAGGUGGACGUAUUUAAGUGCUCCGAGUGAGGCCACCGUUUGUUAGCUACGGUGGCCUAGAACCGCCAUUGCUGCAAAUAAAAAAGAAUGCAAAAAAUUAAAAAAUAGAAACCACAACGCAAGUUACUGAUGCAAAAAAAAAGACAAAAGAAACUGAAGCCUGCUGCAAAAAAAGAAAAAAAAGAAAGUGCAGAUGAAAAACAAACAAACAAUGGAAAUCAAAAACACAAGAGUGGUGAUACAAAAAAAGAAAAUAAUGAAAACGAAGCCAGUGCAGUGCAUCCAACAGUGCAGAUAAAAAAGAAAAAAACAACAACAGAAGUUAAUAACACAAAAAAGUUGUGAUGCAAAAAAAGAAAGAAAGAAACCAUUUGCCCACUGCAAAUAAAUAAAAAAAGAUUGCAGAUUAAAAAAACCCACAACGGAAGUUAAUAGCACAAAAAAGUGGUGAUGCAAAAAAAAGAAAAAAAUGAAACUGAAGAUGCUGCAGAUAAAAAAAACAAAAAACAAAACAGAUGUUAAUAACACAAAAAAAGUGGUGAUGCAAAAAAAAAAAGUUACUUCCAGGGAAAAUAAAAGUAUGGGCAUGUGGGGAUGCAAAAACAUAAAAGAAUGAAAAAAAGAAAUCAAAGCCCGCUGCAAAAAGAAACACAACGCAAGUUAAUAACUCAAAAAAAGGCUUCUUUUUUUUGCGUUCCUCUUUUGUUUGCAGCAGUGGCAGUUCUCAGCCACCGUAGUUACCCUAUUUCAUCAGUGCUUUAUUUACACCGAUGUAGCAAAUAUAGUAUCACUUAUAUUUUAUAGCUAUAGCUCCUGUGAGGACCUCGUUUUAGUGACCCCUGUAGAUGAAGCAGCCCAUGCAAUCUCCUUUAAAAUGUCAUAUUGUACAUGUUUGACUAUCAGAACAAAAACUCUAACCUUCUGUCUCUAACAGCCAAAUGUAUCCCUUUCUCAUAAUGUUUUCAAUGAUCUCAUUUACAUUGAAUUAUGCACUUUGAAUCGAUCUAUGUAUGGAUUCUGCUUUAUAAAUGGAGUCGCCUUGCCUCCCCCUAAAAGUGGAUCCAUUAGUUAUUUGUGUUGAAUAAUGCAUUAGCUCAGACGUCAGAUUUAAUGCUAUAAAACUAGAUGUGUUGCUUUCACUUCAGGAAGUGGUGGCUGGGGUCAUCUUGCUGGUGUGUAAAGAGGCUCUGCAACACCACGGCAUCUCUCUGAGCAUGGAGGGACUGGUCAACCUGCAGCUCAGCUCCAAGAGUGUUGGCGUCUUUGAGGCUUUCUACAACUCUGUCAAGGUGUGCUAUGAAAAUGGUUUUGUUUUAAAUCAGAUGGUCUGCAGAUGAGUUAGCUCUAAAUUUACAGACCCAGAGGAGACAGAAUCAUGAGUUGAAGUUAGAGGAGCCAUAAACAAACCUCAACCAAAACGCCACUCAAUAGCCACAAAUAAUACUUAGAACAGCACCUAACUUCAUCAACAGUACAUAUAGGGUCCCAGUCAUUGCACGAGCCACCAAACAUCUUUUUAACUUUAGCAAAGAGACUAAACACCAACUCUCCAUUACGGACUGAAGCGGGGUGCCGCAGCUCAAGGAAGAUCAUUUAUGAUCGCAUGGAAAUGCAAUCAGACUUAGACGCUAAGGCAGAAGAAUUACCGCGUCUGCAGUGCAAAAUGAUUAAUAUGGUGAUUAUGACUUCAAGGAAAUGAUAAAGAAAUUAUCAGAAUAUAUCUUUAAUUUAUUACAGAUAUGUUUGUAUAAUUCGUAGAGAAGUAGAUGGUCUACAGUGCAAAGAAUCUUUGACAAAUUUACAGCAGCACAUCAGUCACAAACAGAUUUCUGUUGAGCGGAGUUGAGAUGAAUCCAGCUAACAGCAUCAAUCAGGUGAGAAAAUCUCUCAACUCUACCCUGCAGCAUUCUUCUCUGACCAUUUCUGCCUUAUGUUACAGCCCAUCCAGCUGAUCAGCAGUAACAUCGAGGUGGCCAAAGCAGGAAAAGUCCCAGGAGGCAAAACUGAGAUCCCCUUUGAGUUCCCUUUGAGCACAAAAGGCAACAAAGUUCUGUAUGAGACCUAUCACGGGGUCUUUGUCAACAUCCAGGUGAGAGAGGGUAACGGCAAACAAAAAGAUUAAAAGAUAGAUUACCUCGAAAUUAUGUGAUCAGGUUUUACCCACCCUUUGUCAGAGGAUUAUAAUUUAACUGAUCCUUUUACAUACGUUUGCCUUGGAAACUUUAUGUAGGGAAAAAUUUCUGCAAUGUCCCCCACUUGAGUAUUUCGAUAUAAGGUAGUAGUGGCAGAAUGGGUUGCAAAUCUGAUUUCUGUAAACCGUCCUUGUUCGUCGUCUCCUCAGUACACCCUUCGCUGUGACAUGAAGCGCUCUCUGCUGGCCAAAGACCUGACCAGGAACUGUGAGUUCAUCGUACACUGUCAGGUAAGUUAAGCUGAUUUUAUUAAGACUGACGAUCAUUUAAAAAAGUCAAACUGUUCAGAUGAAUCAGCUGCUUUGCUUCAUUUUCAGCCGCAGAAAGCCAAAGUCGUCCCCACGCCUGUGAACUUCACCAUCACUCCAGACACCCUGCAGAACAUCCGCGAGGUGAGAAACUCUCCGUUUGUGUCGCUACAUUCAGUCAUUUUUGCGGCUGUUCUGACCGGAGGGGCUCUCUUUCUGUGCCCCCAGAGGAGCGCGCUGCCAAAGUUCCUGAUCAGAGGAAAUCUAGACGCAACAAACUGCGUGAUCAGCCAACCGCUGACUGGAGAGGUGGUGGUGGAGCACUCAGACGUUCCCAUCAAGAGUAUUGAGCUGCAGCUUGUUCGGGUGGAGACCUGUGGUGAGCUCUCACUGUUGGAUCAUCAGAUGAAUGUUUCUCUUAUCGAAGAGGAAGUUUUUAAAAUACCGUCUGUGUUCAGGUUGUGCUGAAGGUUACGCCAGAGACGCCACAGAGAUCCAGAACAUCCAGAUAGCCGAGGGUGACGUCUGCCACAGCCUCGCUAUUCCCAUCUAUAUGGUGUUUCCUCGGCUCUUCACGUGCCCCACGCUGGAGACCACCAACUUCAAAGUCGGUCAGUGAAUCCCACGAAUCUGCUUGCAGUCCUCUUAAAUUAUUGCAGAUUUUUUAAAACUCAAGAGUUUACUGGUAAAUGUAAAACUGUUUUCUUUUACUGUCGGGUACUUUUCCACGAGCUUUGGACAAAUGUGUAAAAAACCUACAACGUUAAAUCCCAUCAGAGAAGCCGUUUAUCUAAAGUGAGUUUUUUUUAAAUGUUCAUCUUUUCUAGAGUUUGAAGUCAACAUCGUCAUCGUGCUUCAUGACGAUCAUCUAAUCACAGAAAACUUCCCUCUGAAGCUGUGCAGAGUCUGAGCCUGGAUGAACGCCCUCCUGCCUUUGGUGCUUUAGUGUGUUUUAGUCCAGACGACACAACACUGGAGUGAAACGCCUGACUGUGCCUCUGUGCUCUUCACUGGAGGAGAUCUGAACUCUAGAAAAUGUAAAUAUUCAUCCUCAACUUUAGAACAAAUAACUCGAUCAAGAAAACAACUUUUUCAUCAAGAUGGACAAGACCAUUUAAGUGUUUUACCUCAUCAUUCCUUUGUGAUUUUUAUCAGUUAAUAAAAUUUGAUUAAUGUCUAAAUGUGUUUUAAUUCUUCAACUUUGAAGACCAGGAAUUAUUUGCUGUCAACUGUUUUAUUAAAACUCCUGUAGGAAACUUUCAUCACUUUGGUCUUCCACAUGCAGUGACUUGUAUUAGUUAUGGUCAUGUGUACAGUGAGAGUAGAAAGGCAGGUGUUCGAAGUUCAUCAGCUGAUUGGAGCUCUUGAAAUAUUUACAGAAUGUAUGGAAGUUUCACUUUUUUAAUUAAUUGUGUGAGAAGAACUGGGCAUGUUCAUUUUUUGAGCUGCAUAUAAAACAUUAAUAUUUAUACCAGUCUAGUAGAGGUAAAAAGUCCUUAUAUGAGUUUUAUACAUCUGAGUAGUUUCUCAUGUUUUACUUAAAAGCUGAAGUUCUAUAAUUUGUGUAAUUUGUACGAAAACAAGUGUAAAACUAACUUUUAGUGUAAACUGUGACAAUAGACCUCAUUAUAUCUGGUCGUCUUUUGGUUACAGCAGAGAUUUAAACUAACUAACUGUACACAAGUGUAUUUUACAAAAUAUUAAACAUUUAUUCUAAAGCUCCUUGUUUGAAAAGCCA